CGCAUGCGCUGCGCCGCUGCCUGGUAUAUACGUCGUAAGACGAUUUAUCACUAAUUUAUAAUAAUACCUACAAUCGUGCAGGGCACUCCAUGCACGAUCUCGUUUGGCUGCUCGCGCUGCUCGGAGCAGCGCACUCGACGAGCGCGCUGCGCCAGCCACGGAUUAAUGCAGCACACAAAACGAGUGUACGCGCCGCACCCGGCGGCGAUGACGCCGCGUCGCUGUUUGCAGAGGCUGCGCGGCUCCGACGGGAGGCCGCCGAGGCGGAGCGAGACUUCGCGCCGGCGACCGAGGCAACAACCGAGGCGCCGGCGGCCCGACCGGGGCUCUCGGUCGUGCUCCCCAUCGCGCGACCCGACUGGAGCGUCGAGGACACGGAGUGCUUCUUCGAGCCGCGCUCGGACGGCUCCGCCCAACUAAUAAAGUUCGAAGUCGAGGUGCCGUGCGGCGUGAUACUGCAGGAGUCCGACGACGCGGGCGGUCGGCCGAUCGUCGUCGUCGGCGCCGUCGGCGAGGGAUCGAACGCGGAGGCGGCGGGUCUGCGCCCGGGCGACAUCCUGCGCGCCACCAGCGCGGUGCGCCAGCAGAUGGAGAUGCCGACGUGGCAACUCCUCGGCGGCGGGAUCGGGCGGCCGAAGACGUUCCGCUUCAUCUUCGGUGCGGACCUCGACGCCAAGCCCGCGCGGGACUUCGAAGAGGUCCUCGGAGCCGUCGGUUCCAAUCGGCUGGACCCGCAGGGGCGGCCGGCGAUCCUCGUCGUCGAGCGCCCCGCAUAAUAUAGAAUAAAUCACGCCG